AGACCUUACCAAGAUGCAUCUCACAGAUAAUCAGCAUCCGCAGGUCACACAUGUCCCUUCAAGUCAGUCUGGCUGUAGCAUUGCCAGUGAUUCUGGGAGUAGCAGUUUAUCAGACAUCUACCAGGCUACAGAAAGUGAGAUGGGAGAUGUGGAUUUAACUGGCCUCCCAGAAGCACCAGUAGAUUCUGAAGAUGAUGAAGAAGAAGAUGAAGACAUUGAUAGAACAUCUGACCCUCUGCUAGGGCGAGAUGUUGUUCGGGAGUGUCUUGAAAAAGAACCUGCUGACAAAACAGAUGAUGAUAUUGAACAAUUACUAGAAUUUAUGCAUCAGCUUCCAGCAUUUGCAAACAUGACUAUGUCAGUAAGAAGAGAACUUUGUUCAGUCAUGAUAUUUGAAGUGGUAGAGCAAGCAGGAGCCAUCAUCCUUGAAGAUGGGCAAGAACUUGACUCUUGGUAUGUUAUUUUAAAUGGCACCGUGGAAAUUAGCUAUCCUGAUGGGAAAACAGAAAGUCUUUGUAUGGGAAAUAGUUUUGGGAUUACCCCAUCUCUGGAAAAACAACACAUGAACGGUGUGGUUAGGACCAAAGUAGAUGAUUGCCAGUUUGUAUGUAUAGCCCAGCAGGACUAUUGGCGUAUUUUGAACCAUGUUGAAAAAAAUACGCAUAAAGUGGAGGAAGAAGGAGAAAUUGUUAUGGUGAAGGAGCAUAGAGAAUUAGACCGCAGUGGAACCAGAAAAGGACACAUUGUCAUUAAGGCUACACCUGAACGUCUCAUUAUGCAUUUAAUAGAAGAGCACUCUAUUGUGGAUCCAACCUACAUUGAAGACUUUUUAUUAACAUUCAGAACAUUUUUGUCAAGCCCUCUGGAAGUUGGAGACAAACUUUUAGAGUGGUUUCAGGUUGACAGUCUCAGGGACAAGGUUACUCGAGUUGUACUGCUAUGGGUGAAUAACCAUUUUAAUGAUUUUGAAGGAGAUCCAGCCAUGACAAGAUUUUUGGAAGAAUUUGAAAAAAAUUUGGAAAAUGCGAAAAUGAAAGGACAUCUCAGGUUACUAAACAUUGCAUGUGCCGCAAAAGCAAAGUGGAGACAGGUCACCUUGCAAAAGCCUUCUAGAGAUUCACCACUUUUCUUCAGUCUUCUUGGAGGGAGCGAAAAAGGUUUUGGUAUUUUCGUAGAGUCAGUGGAAUCGGGAAGCAAAGCAGCAGAAGCUGGGCUUAAACGUGGUGAUCAGGUAAUGGAAGUAAAUGGGCAAAACUUUGAGAACAUUACAUUUUCAAAAGCAGCUGAAAUCUUGAGAAACAAUACUCAUCUUUCGAUCACUGUAAAAACAAAUAUUUUUGUAUUCAAAGAACUACUUAGUAGGAUAGGACAGGAGAAGAAUGGAGUUCCACAUAUUCCCAAAAUAGCAGAAAAGAAAAAUAAUCGUUACUCCAUCCCAGAUAUUCCUGGAGACGUGGAACAAAUGUUUCCACGUGAGAAAGCAAACAAGAAAAUGAAAGCAAACACUGUGUCUGGAGGAAGAAACAGAAUCAAGAAAAUUUUAGACAAGACACGAUUCAGUAUCUUGCCUCCAAAACUGUUCAGUGAUGGCAGUGUAAGCCAGUCACAAGAUGACAGCAUUGUGGGAACAAGACAGUGCAGACACAGUUUGGCAAUUAUGCCUAUUCCUGGCACACUUUCAUCCAGCAGUCCUGAUCUCUUGCAACCUACAACUAGCAUGCUGGAUUUUUCAAACCCUUCAGACAUUCCUGAUCAGGUUAUAAGAGUCUUCAAAGCUGAUCAACAGAGUUGUUACAUUAUCAUCAGCAAAGACACUACAGCAAAAGAAGUUGUAAGCCACGCAGUACAUGAAUUCAACUUGACAGGAACCCCUGAGACCUAUUCUCUGUGUGAGGUUUCUGUGAGCACGGAAGGAGUCAUCAAACAGAGAAGGCUUCCCGACCAGUUCUCAAAGUUAGCAGACCGAAUUCAGCUCAAUGGGAGGUAUUAUUUGAAAAAUAAUAUGGAAACAGAGACUCUGUGCUCAGAUGAAGAUGCUCAAGAAUUGCUAAGAGAAAGCCAAAUCUCACUUUUACAGCUGAGUACUAUUGAAGUGGCUACUCAGCUCUCGAUGAGAGACUUUGAAUUGUUUCGAAACAUUGAACCUACUGAGUAUAUUGAUGAAUUAUAUAAGCUGGAUUCUAAAACAGGAAACACUAACCUGAAACAAUUUGAGGAUGUUAUUAAUCAAGAAACGUUUUGGGUUGCUACGGAAAUUCUAUCUGAAACAAAUCAGUUGAAAAGGAUGAAGAUUGUAAAACAUUUCAUAAAAAUCGCUCUCCAUUGCAGGGAAUGCAAGAAUUUCAACUCUAUGUUUGCUGUUAUUAGUGGUCUUAAUCUGGCACCUGUGGCUAGACUCAGAAGUACAUGGGAAAAGUUACCAAGCAAAUAUGAAAAACACCUUAGAGAUCUUCAGGAUCUUUUUGAUCCAUCUAGGAAUAUGGCAAAGUAUCGCAAUAUCCUCAGCAGUCAGAGCAUGCAGCCUCCAAUUAUUCCAUUAUUCCCAGUGGUCAAGAAAGAUAUUACAUUUCUACAUGAAGGAAAUGAUUCAAAGGUGGAUGGUUUGGUAAAUUUUGAGAAACUGAGAAUGAUUGCUAAAGAGAUACGGCAGGUGGUCAGAAUGACUUCUGCUAAUAUGGAUCCUGCUGUGAUGUUCAGACAAAGGAAGAAGAGGUGGAGGAGUUUGGGGUCACUGAGUCAGGGUAGCACAAAUUCAAACAUGUUGGAUGUUCAAGGCGGUGCUCACAAAAAACGUGCUCGGCGCAGCUCUCUUUUAAAUGCAAAAAAGUUGUAUGAAGAUGCACAGAUGGCCAGGAAAGUCAAACAGUACCUAUCCAACCUAAAUGUGGAAACAGAUGAAGAAAAAAUCCAGAUAAUGUCACUUCAGUGUGAGCCUACAUACAGCACUUUGACAAAAAAUUUAAGUGAAAGACGAGGUACGAAAAUAUCAGAGAUGUCUCCGAUGCCACUGAGGUCUGUUGGCCAAACCACAAAAGCCCACUUACAUCAGCAAAACAGAAUGAGUCAAGUUCUUCAAGUUCCAGCAGUUAAUCUCUAUCCUAUUCGGAAAAAAGGACCAGCCAAAGACCCAUCCCUAGGUGCAGGUUCUCCUCAAAAGUCACUUAGUUUAUCUGAAGAACCAAGCAGUAAAAAGCACCCAGAAGAUGACAUCUCUGUGGCAUCAUCACUGCAUUCCAGCCCUGCUGCUUCCCCUCAGGAAUCUCCACGCAAAGCUUCCUCUCUUGCAAGUGAAACAAGCAACAAGAACAGUGGACAUCGCAGCUAUGGAAUAGGUGGGGCUUAUUUGCAAAAGAAAAUCCAGCAGAUGACUAGCAAGACAGCAGAAAGAUCAGUCAGUAUCGAAAAGCGAGAAAGUGAGGAGGAUAGAGGCAAGCCUGAGCCUUUGUACAAAGCCAGGAAAAGAAUGGGAUCCCCCUUUGGAAGAUUCAGGGAAAGAAGUAUCUCCAGGGAAAGAUCAGCGUUCACCUUUCAUGUGGAACCAGCAUGCGCGCGCGAGAGGGAUAGAAGCUAUGCCCUGAUCCCGUCUGCCAAAUCUGAGAAUUUUUCCGAUUCCAGCCAUAGUGAGAUCUCCUCACGAUCCAGCAUUGUCAGCAACUGUUCUGCUGACUCCAUGUCUGCAGCCCUUCAAGAUGAGAGGUGCCUGCCUCAGACAAUGGCGAUGGAUGCAGUUGGGGCAGUGGAAAGGAGAGAGCCCUUUCAGCCACCACUUGAAUACAACCAGUCUUGCCCUGGUUUAAGCUGGCCCCUGCCUAGACCUCCAGUGAUCCGGGGGUUGCCGGUUCCAUCUUCCAUGAGCACCGAGGAGAUUUCUCAUGAGCACCUCACAAUAGAAGCAGCAGAUAGCGGCCGUGGAAGCUGGACCUCUUGUUCGAGUAACUCUCAUGAUAAUUUUCAAAACAUACAGAACCAAAAGGGGUGGGACCUCUUAAACUCUUACCGCCAUGCUCAUUUAGAAAGGGCCAUUGCUGAAGUGGAGCCAUCCAGCUGCUGUCCUGAGGAGACUCGUUUGCAGUCACACAGCCACUCAGACGGUAGUCGGCAAUCCAAAACUGGCAUGGACUUUGACCAGUCCCGGCAUAGCUGGGCUUCAUCUACUUCCUUGUCGGACCUGCACGAAACAAACUAUGGGACCGUAAAACGAAGAGGACUGGAGAGCAUAACAGCAGAGCAAGCUGAAGUUUUGGACGCUAAAACAGGCAGUGACGCAACUUACAAAACUGUCACUUCAAGUACAGAGCAUGGCCUCAUAGGUAAGCCUGAUGAAAAGCCAGUGGAUGUUUCCACAGCUGUUAUGCAUUAUGUAGUUGAACUGUUAAGGAAUGAUUUCAGCAGCCCUCAUGGCCAAUUUGCAUGUAAAAAGGGUCCUUAUACACAUGUCUUCAAUCAACUCAAGUCCUCUGCAGGAGUGUCUCCAGAUCUCCUUGGGGGAAGGGUGGGAUUUAAAAAAAUAGGCAGCAUGUUUUAUUGA